CACAAAAAAAUUGAACAACAUUCACCGGCUCCUUCAACGGCCUCCUCUAACACGUCACUAUCAUGUCUCAGUACACCCUCACCACCCAAGACCACAGCCACUAAAGUAGUGUCACAAAAAACCUCUUUAGGUAUACAACAAGUAUCGGUGACAGUGUCUAUGCAAGUGGAAAAUGUAACAACAGCCACUACUCCUACUACUCCCGAAAAAGAGAAUGCUGGCAUUUUGACAACAAGCACAACAAGCGGUGGUAUACAAACAACGACAUCAUCGGCGUCUAGUGUUAAGAAAGAAAGGAAAAUAACAAGUUAUUUUACGGUGGUGGGUCAAAAGGCAGAUGUUUAGGAGUUCAAAAACACACACACUCAAGAAGGCAAGUUUAUGGUGAACUAACAGGAGUUUUAUAAGGUAAACUGAAUAGAUUUUCUUUGCAAAUAACUUAAGAGUUAAAAGACAAUAAAAUAAGAUUUUGUUUAAAAUGUACUUUUUUAUAAUUAUUUACAUAUUAAUUUAAAUACUUUUUUUUUAUAAAUUAGACUAUAGUCUAAUCUAUUGUCAUGUCUAUAGGCUA